AUGGGUCCUAUAAGGUUUACUGCGCACCACAUCCUCACAGUCGGUACUUGCGGACUCUUCCUGUGUGCUUUAAUCUACUUCCUCUACCGACUUCUGCAUUUAUACCUUAAUCGCAACAUCUUGGUGGAAUGUUGGUUCUGUCAAUCUCUCACUACUGUCAAGGUGUCCGAUCGCAACGCCUUCUUUUGCUUCUCCUGUAAGCAGUACAAUGGCUUCACGGAGUCAGGUGACUACAAUCGUUCUCUCCCCGCCCAAUAUGACGCCUCUCUAAAUCCUCGUGGUUUUAUAUUGCCUCGUAACUCGAGCAUCAUCAAUAACUCGAAGUCGGACAUCCUAUGCAGUUUGUGCACUCAACGCCAGGCCUAUAAGAUUAAUCAGCUGGCGCGAUUUGAGCCAUCCAAUGAGGCAAAUUGGGAUCGAGAACUGAGUCAAUUUAAGAAAGAACUAGAAAGUAGAUGCAUUGAUGCAAAGAUCCUACCGAGCGUUUUGUCAUGGUGGCGCAACAGAGACCACAAAAAUUCCAUAGUCGAUACCUUGCCUAAUGAGCGUUUUCAGGGUUCUCUGAGUUCCCCUACUUCAUCGUACAUUAUUCUGGCUGCCAUCCGAAUUGUCACAACAUUAGUCUGGUUGUCUCUUGGAAUACCGCUUCUCCUCGGCUUUCUUCAUCACCACGUCUGCCAUCCCCAUUCUAGAUCUUCUCUCAAGCGUUUUGUGAAGAUGAUAGACUUAAAUAUACCUCAGCACGAUUGCGAAUACAUCGCUGACUACAAAUCUGUGUUAAAACUCCAACCCAAUCACGCUUUGUGGGGACACUUCUUAUGUGCAUUUGGGCACCUCGUUCUUCUACUGCAAACAUUCCGCCCUGCAAGUAACCUCAUCCUCGCUCUUCUUGACUUCAUACUGUUCGUUCUCGCCACUGACUUAAUCAUUACACGCCUGGGCUUUGACUCUAUCCAAACUCUCACCCUCCUAGCCCUCCUUCUAGUAGCCAGCACCAGUGUUCUCUUUUACAAAUGGCUUACUUGCAGGGAGGGAGGCGUCAAGGAACAAAAGAGGAAGCUAACCGCUGCCUGGUCGUCUCUUGCUUCACCUCACAGCAAUCCACCCUCCUACGAUGCUGCGUCAGCGGCCUCCUCCCGGUUUCCCAAAUCUAACGUGUCGGGAGCCCACUCGCUCUCAUUGGACAGACUCUCGCUGCACUCCGCAUACCCCCCCACCGCUUACUCAACCAUCUUUUCGCCUCCCACCGUAGUCCACUCUCCACUGCGCUCGCAUAUCUAUGCUGCAAACGCGGCGCCAGGCUAUACCUGCCUCCGACAGGGAGGCGGUGAAGGUGAUGAUGUAAAUGAGGUGAUGAGCCACUUCACCAGUGUGAGUCGGUGCUCUAUGAGUCGAAGUGGGCAGUCAAGGCGGCAGCAUAGGAAGCGGCAGCAGCUGCCGGUGGGCCUGCUAAGGUGGAUUUUGUAUCUCCUCUUCGGUCGCCUCGAAAAGUGGGAGGAUGUGAGGGUGGAAUUGGUGUGCCUCUUAAACGCUGUUCUGGUAACUGUUCUCCUGGUCCUUAUUUGCCACCUAUUUUACUCUAUUGUCCCUGCUCUGUGGAAUAUGAAGUUGUAG